GGAAGUCUAUUCCUGGAUUUCCAACAGCAGAUGCCCCCUUUAUUGGGGUGUGUGUUGGGGAGUGGCAUGAAGGGAGAGUGACUGGGUGUAAAGAGGGUAAUAUUUGGACGUGUGGCUGUCCACCUUACUUAGCCCGACUGUGGCGCCACUAAGUGAGACUGAGAACAAGCUUGAGAGUGAGUUUCCUAGGGGGCGGAGAGCUCCGAGUGGGAAGCGGUCUGCAGAAGCAGGUUCCCAGGGUCUCUGGCUCCCGGAGAAACCCCGGGACCCCCUUCCGGGCAACAGCACCUGUAAGUUCUCUGACCUAUUUGUUAGCUCCAGGAACGAAGUUGGGGACGUGACCCUUCGCGGCCUGUGGCUCAAACCCCAAGCUAGUACAGAGGGAAAGGUGCAGGGGGUCGGGGCGAGGGAGAAGAGAGAAGAAAGGGCGGCGGCAGCUCCUGCUGAUCCCGGGACUGGAGGAGGAAGGCGACAGCAGAGCCGGCGGUGGUGGUCGGGUCGUCGCGUGGUUCAUUCAGCUAGCUCCAGCUAUCGAGAGGGCGGAGACACUGGUGCCUCCAAAGUUCUUCUCUGGAUCUAGGGCUGGACACCUCCAUGAUCACAACCAAUGUAUCAGGAAAUGGCUCUGCUCUCUGGGAACCCCGACCCCAACUUCACCCCCUAUUCUUACAAUGGCUUCGAGAAGCUUUGCAAGGUGCAGGCUAAGAAAGGAUUAUUCUACAAGAAAGCCAGGCUCUUGCAUCCUGGAGAAGACUCCUGUUGCCCCACUUACUGUGAGGACUGGCCCCGUCAUGUCAUCAUCAAUGUGGGUGGCAUCAAAUAUAGACUCCCUUGGACUACCCUAGAGAACUGUCCUCUGACCCGGCUAGAGAGACUGAAGUCCUGUCACAACCAUGAUGAGAUCAUGAGCGUCUGUGAUGACUACGAUGUCAGCAGCAAUGAAUUCUUCUUUGACCGAAACCCUUGUGCCUUCAAGACCAUUAUGAAUUUCCUUACUGCAGGGAAGCUGCGGCUCCUUCGAGAGAUGUGUGCCCUCUCCUUCCAGGAUGAGCUGACCUACUGGGGGAUUGAGGAGGAGUGUCUCGAGUGGUGCUGCCUUAGGAGACUUCGGCAAAAAGAAGAAGAGGCGGCGGAAGCCCAGUUCUAUGAGACUGAACUGAUGGUGAAUGAGUCUCCGCCUUGUGCCUUCCAGGAGGGCAAUCGGCUGGCUCAGUGCAUGAGACAGCUCAGGGACAUGGUAGAAAAUCCUCACUCUGGGAUUCCAGGGAAGAUGUUUGCCUGCAUCUCUGUCUCCUUCGUGGCCAUCACGGCAGUCAGCCUCUGCAUGAGCACCAUGCCGGACAUACGAGCUGAGGAAGAUCGGGGUGAAUGCUCCCCAAAGUGCUACAACCUCUUUGUGCUGGAGACUGUCUGCGUGGCCUGGUUCUCCUUCGAGUUCCUCCUCCGCUCAAUCCAGGCUGAGAGCAAGUGCGCCUUCCUCCGGACACCACUCAACAUCAUUGACAUCCUGGCCAUCUUGCCUUUCUACAUCUCUCUUAUUGUGGAUCUGGCUUCUGCCCAAAACAGCAAGCCAGGUGGGACUGGGAAUAAAUACCUAGAGCGAGUGGGACUUGUGCUGCGUUUCCUUCGAGCUCUACGCAUCCUGUAUGUCAUGCGAUUGGCCCGUCAUUCCCUGGGCCUCCAAACCCUAGGGCUGACUGUGCGCCGCUGCACUCGUGAAUUUGGCCUCCUUCUCCUCUUCCUCUGUGUGGCCAUGGCCCUUUUCUCCCCAUUGGUUUACCUGGCAGAGAGUGAACUAGGAGCUGGGAAAGAGUUCACCAGCAUCCCUACCAGCUACUGGUGGGCAGUCAUCUCCAUGACCACUGUGGGCUAUGGAGACAUGGUACCCCGGAGCAUCCCUGGGCAGGUGGUUGCUCUGAGCAGUAUCCUCAGUGGCAUCCUCCUGAUGGCCUUUCCAGUCACCUCCAUCUUCCACACCUUCUCUCGUUCCUACACAGAGCUAAAAGAACAGCAACAGAGGGCUGCGAAUCAUGAGAUGCACCUCUUGGAGGAGAGCACCAGGUCCCACACAGAAGACAGUUCUUCUCAAGCCUUGGAUAGCUCCUUCCUACCAGGGGGACCUGCGGCUGCCGCUGCCCUGGAGCAACAAUGGGCAUUAGCAAAUCACACCUCUAGGAAGAGCUACUGAUGGAAAGCCAGGAAGGCCAUGGCUAAGCCAAUCCCAGAGUAUUGCAGAAAAGAGGAGCCAUUUCUUCCUCCACCUCUAAGACUACAUAGUGGGCAUCAUGAAUAAAUUAGCCUGUGGGCAAGGGAGACAGCAGGGCACCCAGCUAGGGAAGCUCAUUUUGAACAACAAGGUCUUUUCUGAGCUUUUAGCUCAGGGCCAACAUGUAUCCAGCCCCACUGUACAUAAGCUUUUUAGAGAAAUCCCUCAGAGAUGAACCGUGGCCUGGAGCCCCUUGGUGGACUUGCCCCAAGGCCAAGAAAAGGCAACCCUCCCAGCUCCUUUAAAAAGAAGGCCAAGCCACCAUGAAAAGUCAGGCUUCAGAAACCCAGCCACCUGCUGACAGGUCUGAGCCUGACUCAGGGUAGUUAUGCAUAAAAAAUGCUUUGCUGCAGUUGAACUUAGCCUAUUCAAGCAGACACCCAACCUCCUCAGCAGCUGGUCUUCUUACCGAGGAGGUGGCAUGUCAACGGCAGGCCUGGGCUUUGAGAGUAAACAGCCUUUCUAAAAGCAGAUCAUGGGCCUUGUUUUCCUUCUACUUCCAUUUUUUUUUUUUUGAAAUUUUGAUAACUCCCAAAAAAGAAAUCCCAAAAGCCUUAGGAAAUUGAAGACUUUGACUGGAAGUUGUCUAGACUAGUUUUACUUCUGGAUACUUUUCUUCUUGCAAAUCUCUUGAACAAGAUGGCCACCUCUCUCCUCUUAGUCCCUUAAUUAGCUCUUAGCUGGGGGAAAAACACCUAGCCCUCUCACCUCCCCCCAAUGGUAAUAAAUUCAUAUAUAGCCAAGGAGGACUUUCCCUUCCUCAUCCGGAAGCCCUCAACUCCAGAGAAGGGAUGCUCAAUGCAUGGUGUAGAAUCAACAAAAUCUCCAGGCACCUCUCUGAUUCUUCAGAUACUCUGCCUCUCCUUAACAUCGCUGCUGUGCCAUCCAUUAGUAACCCAGGGCCCCUAAAGAGUCUUUAGACAGAUUUCACUUGGUCUGUGACCUUGGGUGGAGAAAAAAAAUUACAUCUUUAGUUUCACUAACCUCCAACUGAAAUUUAGAAUUUCCUUCAAUUAUGACCUUAGGUAAGGAAUCCUUAUUCUUUGAGAGGGUCCACAGAACUCACCAGACAGCUAAAAGUAUCCUUGACACAAAAAAGGUUAAGAAUCUCUGAUUUAGAUGGUAGUAUACCAGUUGGCUCCCCUUUGCAUGUUAAUGAGGAAAUUGCCUCCUCCUCUACCUUCCCCCCUCCCCCCAAAAAAGCUGGAAUAUACCAAAACCUGCCACAGACAAAUUGUGGGAAAAGAGAGUAGUUCUUCAAGGUACCCAAUCUCCAUUAAUAAAUUGGAUCAGAACUGGCCUUGAACACAGGGGCUAGAUGACCUUAAACAAGUCACUUAUCUCUCAGGGUUCCAGGAAAUCUCUAAAUUUCUGAAGAGUUCCUGAUAGGCACUAAGAAGUUCCCUACAUCAGUGACAUCAUGGAUUGGAAACCCCACCACCAUCAAGAUAGGCAUGCCGUCUUGUGCCCAAAUUGUCGUCUCAGUCUCUAACUGAAUUCUCCCCUCUACUUUGAAUUCUUCUCUACCAUCCUCCACACUACUAAAUCCACAGCUGCCAAGAGCACACUCUCCCAUAAGCAUGAGUCUUUUUGUAUUUUGUGGAAAUAGAGAGAAAGGGGAAUUUCCAAGUCCUGCUGCUUUUAAAUUUUUAAUUAAGAACAGGAAAACAAUAAAAGCCUGAUGUCGAGCCAUUCAACCAUCAGCCCUGGUUACAGGGAACUGGAAGAAUGAGGCUUCCUGGGCUCUGGCUGGAAAGAAUGACUUAUAAUGCAGAAGAAAGGGCCAUUGCCUCAAUUUGUCUUAUAGCUCCAGAACAGAACAUGGGUCCUGCCAUCCUUCCCACUGGGCAAUCUAGUUUUAGGACCACAAGUUUAGCCACUGGUACUCAGGGGCAAGCAGGGAGGAGGGUGGCUGAAUGGGGGGGGCCUGUUCGGAAACCUUGCUGCUACAAUUUAAUAAAAAUGCCAAAACUCUUCUACACA